AUGUCGCGCUCUGGUCACAACAAUUCACUGCACGCCCUCACACCCUUGACCAGCUCAGAUUCUUCUCCGCCUGGCAAGUUGCCCAGCCCGCGGUCUUCCAAGCUCUCACAUGAGACGAUGCACGCGACCUCAUCCUCCCUACGCGCCGCCCCAUCGAGCGCAUCCAACAAUGUCGCCGACACCAUUACACCCAUAAACACUCCGCCCGAGUCACGCAGAUCCGUCUUCCCGGCCGACGGCGUGCUGGGCCAGCGCUCCACCUACGAUGCACAGCUUGACCCAAAACUCGAUAGACGGGCGAGGGCGAAGGGAACGGCGAAAUAUAGUACAAUACUGGACAAGGGCGACGCAUCUCCUCCUCCCGACCCGCGCCUGGCCAUUGCCGGCUAUACCACCGGGAACUAUGUCAUUAAGACUUCUUUCACAGGUGCCCCGAAAUCGAAACUCAGGAUAGCGCCCUAUGUAGCCAAGCCCUACUCUUUCGACCAGCGCAUAUCAUGUGGUCCAGGACCUGCGACCCAAGUGGUCGUCACAGGAUUUGAUCCUCUGACUCCAGAUGUCCAGCUCCGCAGUUUCUUCUCCGCCUACGGUGAGGUAGAGACUGUGCACAACCAAGUACACCCCGACAAUGGCAGUCCACUUGGGAUAUGUUUGGUCAAAUUUCGCGACACUCCGCCCGGUCGUGGCACUACUGGUAUGAAAGCCAGUACCUCGGCAAAAAGAGCUGAGCGAGAAGGCACCAACCAGCGUCUUGCUCAGCACACGAUCAAGGUACAAUCGGAUCGCGAAGGUCGAAGAUGUUCAAAAUUGGUGGAUGUAGCAGUGCAGCAAAGCCGCAAGGAAGAAGAGAAGCUACGAGCCAAGUAUGCUACGAAAACAGCCGCGCCCACCGCUCCUGCAAACUUUGACCUGCCAGCCAAUGUUCCAAAGGGACCCUCUGGGAAGGGCGCUCGUCCACCGAUGCCGAUGAUGCGGGAACCGUUGACACGAAAAGCAGCGCUUUCGUACCUCAUCGAGCGAGAGCCGAUCAAACCCACGCUGAAACGAAAGCCUUAUAUCUUCAUCGCACACGCAUACGUACCUGUCCUCAGCACCACGAUUGAACAUUUGAAGAAGCGAUUGAAGAACUUCCGGUGGUCUUCGGUACGAUGCGACCAAACAGGUUAUUAUGUGACAUUUGAAGAAUCGAAGCGCGGCGAGGACGAGACGGUUCGAUGCUACAAGGAGUGCCACAUGCAGGCUCUGUUCACCUAUGUCAUGAACAUGGAAUGUAACCAAUAUGGCGAUCCCAACUAUGAACGAAGUCCUAGUCCCGAGCGUGUAAUUGCCGACAAAAAGCGAAAGGCUAUGGAGAAGCGAAUAGAAGAGGAAGAGGCAGAGGACCUGGAGUGGGAAAAGAAGCAGAGGGCAGACUCACUGGACCCUGUACGGGCUGCGUUGGACGUUCUGAAGCAGGAGUUGCAGGAAAAGCUUCUUGGAGACAUCAAGACUAAACUUGCCGCGCCUACGAUACUCGAACUACUGGACCCUGAGUUGCACGUCGAGAAGCGCCGAAAGUACAACAUCCCGGGUCCGCCAAAGAAGGACGAGGAUGUUCGACCCCCAGCGCUGCUCGCUCCAGGCUUUGAUGCUUUCGGUGCAGGUACUCCGCGAGGUCGCAAUGGAGGCCUUGGUGGCCGUGGUGGUCGUAGAGGAUUUGGUGCUUAUGACCCCAGCACGAGACGUGGAAAGAAACCUCCGAAGGUUGUCAAUGCGUUUGCCGACGAACGAAGAAAGGCAUCUGCGCCCAAGCCUCGUGUGGCUCGUGGUUUGCAUCGCCAAAUGCUUGAAAUGUUUGAACCAGAAGAAUCCGAUGACGAAAACCGCAGCCAGUUGACACGCGGCACCGAGGAGCAAGAGAGCAGACCUAUUAGCCGAGCUCCUUCUACGGACAUCGAAGAUGAAGUGGAAGAGUCGUCGAGAGCUCAUCGUGCCAAGCGACGUCGCAUUGAGACUGGUUGGGGUGAAGAGAGUGAUGAGGAGAUGGACGAUUCGCACGCGAGAAGUUUGCUUGCUCACUGUAUUCACAAAGACCCUGAAAACAUGGCGGAGAAAGAGCUGGAACAAGUUCUCGCAAUUCUCCCACGCUCAUCGCCAAUCUGGAAGAAGGCCGACAAAGCGCUCAAGGGUUUCAGAAGGCUGCGGAAGAUUGAACAAGAGGCAGACGUCAUCUUUGGUGUCGAAGGAAGCCCGAUGGACAAGACGGAGCCCGAAGUAAUUGUCACUCAAGAUGAAGAGGCCAACAAGUCUAUCGAGACUACAGAACUUCCCGAAACACUGACAUCGCUCAAGAAGAAGGCUGCCAAGCCAAAGAGAAAGACCAAGAAGCAACUUCAGGAAGAAGCAAAGGCUGCAAAGGUGGAAGUUACGGAGAUUGAAGUACCUGCGGAAGAGGAGGCACCUGAAGUCAAGGAGGUUGCGGAGAUCGCUGAAGAGGCAGUGGUUGAGGAAACUACUCCAGAGCAAGAUGAGCGGGCCUCUUCUGUCUGCUGGAGCAUAUCCCAUGACAUACCUCGCAAGACAGUUGAUGACGACUUUAGCGUUGUCAUGGACAUUGAUGGUUGGCAACAUCUGCUCAAGGAUGAAGAAGAUUUGCGUCUUCUCAAGCAAGCCGUUGAAUCUAUCGCUCCCGCCAGUAUCGGAGACGCUCAAUCGUGGGCCUGGAAGCAAAAGUCCAUUAAGCAUCUCAACCGUAAUGGCCAGGAGGGUGUUUCCCGCACUGAGACCAAGAUUGAAGGAUACUACGUCCCCAACGCAACUGGCUCAGCUCGUACAGAAGGUAUCAAGAAGAUUCGCGAAUCCGAAAAGUCGAAAUACCUGCCUCAUCGUAUUCGCGUACAAAAGGAGCGCGAAGAACGCCAACGUCGUGCCAAGCAAGAAGAGCGAAGCGUCGUGUCGGUUGAAGGCUUUAAAUUCCAGACAAGUGCCAACAAGGCGUCGACCGCAAACUCGCGUGCCAACCGUGCCAACAACCGCCGCAUGGUCAACGACAUUAAUAUCUCCAAGAACCUUUCUGGAGCUGAGGGUGACGCUCUCCGCUUCAAUCAGCUCAAGAAGCGCAAGAAGCUGGUCAAGUUCGACCGUUCAGCCAUCCACAACUGGGGUCUGUACGCCCAGGAACCGAUUGCCGUCAACGACAUGAUUAUCGAGUACGUUGGUGAAAAGGUCCGACAGCGUGUGGCCGAUCUCCGAGAAGCCAAGUACGACAUGCAAGGCGUGGGAUCAAGUUACCUAUUCCGAAUUGACGAAGAUACGGUCAUUGAUGCGACAAAGAUGGGCGGUAUUGCCCGUUUUAUCAAUCACUCUUGCACGCCCAAUUGCACAGCCAAGAUUAUCCGCGUCGACAAUACCAAGCGUAUUGUCAUUUAUGCGUUGAGGGAUAUUCAGUCUGACGAGGAACUCACCUACGACUACAAGUUCGAGCGUGAAAUCGAUGCCACGGAUCGUAUUCCUUGUCUCUGCGGCUCAAUCGGUUGCAAGGGCUUCCUUAAUUAG